UAUAAAUGCCCACUUGCGUUGGAAAUGACGAGGAGAGAGAUUUUUCAUAUUAGUUAGAAAUUAAUGCCUAGUUGCGCGUAGAUGUCCUGUCUUCAGAAUUUGCACUAUAAAAGACGUUAAAAAGUGCAGAAAAAUUAUCAAUUCAUUCACCGCAAAGAAGUUCACCGCGUUAAAGUUCAUUGCGUUAAGUUCGUAAAUGGCUUCUUUCAUUAGAAGACUGGAAGGCAAGGUCGCUCUAAUCACCGGUGCUGCUACUGGAAUCGGCGAAUCAACUGCCAGAUUGUUCGCCAAACAUGGAGCUAAAGUUCUGGUUGCAGACGUCAACGACGAUUUGGGAGAGAAGGUAUGCAAGGAAUUGGGUAAAUCAUCAGCCUCUUAUGUCCACUGUGACGUAACUAAAGAAUCCGAUAUAGAAACGGCAGUUAACACAGCUGUUGACAAAUUUGGGAAAUUAGAUAUUCUGCACAAUAAUGCUGGUAUAGGUGGAGUACCAAAUCCCAGCAUUCUUGACAUCGAAAAAUCUGAGUUCGAAAAGAUUAUUAAUGUAAACCUCGUAGGUGCAUUCUUGGGUGCUAAACACGCUGCUCGGGUAAUGAUCCCGAAUCGCAGUGGGAACAUAAUCACGACAGCGAGCACUUGUUCGAAAAUAGGCGGUGGUUCUUCGCACAAUUAUGUAAGUUCGAAACACGGGGUGGUGGGACUCACGAAGAAUAUGGCUGUGGAGCUUGGAAAAUAUGGCAUUCGAGUAAACUGCGUGUCGCCACACGUAGUUCCUACACGGCAAUCAAAGGAUUUCUAUAAAAUGGAUGAUGAGGAAUUCGGUACUGUAUAUUCUAUUCUCAAAGGUGUUUACCUUAAACCAGAGGAUGUGGCUGAAGCUGUUCUGUUCUUGGCAAGCGAUGAGUCGAAGUGUGUUCAUGGACACAACCUUUUUGUUGAUGGGGGCAUCACAAUUGCGAAUUCCAAGUUUUCCAUGUUUGAAUAAUCUCCAAGCAAAGAUUUCCUGGAUAUGUUUUGCAUUUUUUUUUUUUUUUUUCCCCUGUUAAGUUCUAAUGUUUAAUUUCUCUUGACUUUAAAUAAAUAUUAUUUUAUUACAAGGCAAUGGAAGAAAGUCAACUGUAUUUUUUGAUAUUUUA